CCGCCGUGCACGUGUCUGGUCCUCCGCGCUGCAGGAGUGCGCGCUGAUGCUCUCCGCGCGCACUUCGGUCCGUUCCCGGUGUGGACUGAGAGAACCGGUUCGGUUUGCGCACUGAUUUCUCACUUUGGUUUGGAGCUCCUUCCUCCUGCACUCCUGCCGCUGCUCCUCCUCUCUUCCACCCGCCAGAGGGAGAUGCGGAGACGGUUCCUGCUGCGCUCCGUGCGCUCCGUGCGCUCCGUGCGCGUCACGAUGGAAGGAUAGCGCCGUGUCCCGUGGAGGAUGCCGAGCAGGCCGAAGACACAGUCCUGAAGAUUGAUGGAGGGCCAUGCUCUUCAAACAGCAGGUGCUGCUGAGACAGAAGCUCUUCGUUCUGGGCAGCCUCGCGAUCGGAAGUGUCCUUUAUCUCGUGGCCAGGGUCGGGACCUUGGAGAGGCUGCAGCCCAUUUGCCCCAUUGAGAGCAGACUGCCCCCCCCCGGGCCUGAGCCGAUCCCGCUCCGCUCCCUGCACUUUAAGCGUGGCCUGCUCCACGAACUACGCAAAGGCAAUGCCACCAAAGAGCAAAUCCGCCUGCACAACCUGGUCCAACAGCUGCCACGAGCCAUCAUCAUCGGGGUGCGCAAGGGCGGCACCCGUGCCCUGCUGGAGAUGCUCAACCUGCACCCCGUGGUGGUCAAGGCCUCGCAGGAGAUCCACUUCUUUGACAAUGACCAAAACUACGCCCGGGGCAUUGACUGGUACAGGAGCAAGAUGCCCUUCUCCUUCCCACACCAGAUCACCAUUGAAAAGAGCCCCGCUUACUUCAUCACAGAGGAGGUCCCCGAACGCAUCUUCAAGAUGAACUCGUCCAUCAAGCUGCUGAUCAUCGUCCGGGAGCCCACCACAAGAGCCGUGUCAGACUAUACGCAGGUUCUGGAGGGCAAGGAGCGCAAAAACAAGACCUACCACAAGUUUGAGAAGCUGGCCAUCGACACCAGCACCUGCGAGGUCAACACCAAGUACAAAGCGGUUCGGACCAGCAUCUACACCAAACACCUGGAGCGCUGGCUCAAGUACUUCCCCAUGGAGCAGUUUCACAUCGUCGACGGCGACCGCCUCAUCACGGACCCGCUGUCGGAGCUGCAGCUGGUCGAGCGCUUCCUCAACCUGCCGUCUCGGAUCAGUCAGUAUAAUCUGUACUUCAACGCCACGCGAGGGUUUUACUGUCUGCGCUUCAACAUCGUCUUCAACAAGUGCCUGGCGGGCAGCAAGGGGCGCAUCCAUCCCGAUGUGGACGCCGCCGUGGUCACCAAGCUGCAGCGAUUCUUUCACCCCUUCAACCUGAAGUUUUACCAGAUCACUGGGAGGACAUUCAGCUGGCCGUGAUGACCUUUGAACCCCUCCGGAACACGCUUCGGUGCACUUUGGUUGGCGUGAAGACAAACGAGAGUCUGACCACAUUUUAAAACGUUGACGUGAUUUUGUUUUUAUGUGAAGUAAUUUGAUGGUUUGAUAAAAGGAUUCAGCUCAAAGCACUUGAUCUUCAACCAAUUCAGCCUCCGUCGUUCCCACGGAAACGUUUUACCGAAGCUUUAAAUUGGCUGCAGAUUGAAACCCGGCACC